UGGUGGCGCAGUAGAGAUCAAGAUGGCGCCGCACGAUCAAUGAAAUUGGAGUAAUUCGUAGUAAAUUUGAAAAAAAUCAAGUUGUACAGGUGAAAUUCGUGUUGUGUAUUGUGUGUAAAUGGGCGAUGGGCAAAGAUCAGGAGCUGCUGGAUGCAGCCCGAAGCGGAAAUGUGACAGUGGUGGAGAAAAUUCUGGGUCAACGUGCGAAGAGGAGUGGUCCCUUGGCAAGUUUAAGGAGAGGUCCGGGAGCUAACGUGCAAGAUGCAAGUGGUUACACUGCACUACAUCAUGCCGCCCUCAAUGGUCACAGGGAUGUGGUGAAACUGUUGCUUCAACACGAGGCAUCGGCAAAUGUUGUCGAUUCAAAAGGUUCAUCACCACUCCACUUAGCGGCUUGGGCAGGCGACGCUGAAAUCGUGAGACUAAUUUUGAGUCAGGGUCCUUCCAAUUCCAAAGUCAACCUUGCGACAAAGGACAACGAGACGGCUCUGCAUUGCGCUGCACAGUAUGGCCAUACGGAAGUGGUGUCACAGCUGUUGCAGUACGGAUGCGAUCCCUGCAUCCGUAACAGCCGCGGAGAGUCAGCUCUCGAUCUCGCCGCACAAUAUGGAAGAUUAGAAACGGUUGAGUUGUUGGUUCGAACGCAUCCCGAACUAAUUUCUUCUCUGAGAUGCUCGUCUUCGUCUUUGAUAUUUCCUCACACACCAUUGCACUUGGCUUCACGCAAUGGUCAUAGGGCCGUUGUUGAAGUUCUUCUUGCAGCGGGCGUCGAUGUUAAUACCAGAACUUCCGCUGGUACUGCAAUGCACGAAGCGGCGCUUUGCGGGAAAAUGGAAGUAGUCAGGGCCCUUCUUGACAGAGGUGUCGAUCUUGGAAUUCGUGAUUCACGACAAAACACGGUGCUCGACCUUUUAGGUCAAUUUCCCCCACACGUUACGCAGGAUAUCACAGCUGUGAUAAAAAGACACCGAUCUUCGUCGGGGGUGGAAAGUGAUGCCGACAGUGAGAACUUGCCGCCAAUUCCGGUGCAGUGUGGCGAUUCGUUGGGCAGCCCUUACGAGAAUGUUCGACCGGGGGACGAUCUCUCCCCAGCGGAAGGGACAUCGCCCACUCAAUGGCAGUUUUAUCACAAGCCUCGAGACGAUGAUCGUCGAGUUUCCGGUACUUCCGCCGCCUCAUUGGGCUCUGACAGUGGUCUCUAUCAAACGCCACCCAUACCACGUGGAAUGUUGGAGGGUAGUUUCGCGUCAGAGGAUUUGUCCUUGACAUUGCCAUCGGGCUACGGUGGUGGUAGUGGUUGUGGACGGGAGUCAGAUCAAUUGAGCGUCUCCUCAUCAUCAAGCGUCGGUGGACCGAGCCCGCGAGACCGACGAUGUUUGCCCAACGAUUCCAAUGCUCCAGGGAUUUACUUGCCGAUGGCACCCCUGUCCAGUUCAUCGCACACUCCCGCCUCCAACAGUAAAGUCUCGCCAACACCACCGAAGAAACCACCACGACGUAAUUUAUCCGUAUCGCCAACUCAUCUACAAACGCAGAUGUCACUCUCGGCAGAUUGCACCUUGGGACCAAGCAAUUAUGAGUAUUUGUUUCUGGCCCGAAGCGGUGCCCGAAGUCAUAUCGAUCUUGAACAAUUGCAAGCGCGUCGCGAACAAUUGCGACACGUAACAAGAAGUGUCGAUCAAUAUGUUGACAUGAAAGCACGUUACGAUCUUCAAAUAUUGGAAUCUGGAAUUGAACCAGUUGCCAUAACAUCGAUUGUUGAAAAUCGACCAAUGAAAACACAAAAUCCAAGACGAAAAUUACGUCGACAUUGUGAACGUGCUUAUGAGAAUUAUGAUUUGGACAGUAGUCCAACAAAUACUGACAAGUCACCUUGCAGUGAAAGUGGAACACCACAGGAACGUACUUUUGUCUCAAAUGCCUUCCUCACGCUUAAGUCUUCCCAGGAAAGUUUGCUUGACGAUAAGCGCGACGGAAACGAUAUUUCACAGUCACAGGAAGCACGCGAAGCCACUGACAAGAGACUGAAACGCGUACAAAUGAUGUUACCAACCAGCCCGACUCACUACGUCCAACCGCCAACUCCUGAUCAUCCGCCACCUUCUGCACUUCAAGCGGAAAAGUCCAUUCACGAGAGAAUUCGUCCUUUGAGUCAGGUUUAUAAACGACGUUCGCGUGACAUGGAAACGGAAACGGACGAAGAUCUACUUCAAUUUCCGGCGGGAGUCUCUUUGGAUGCCUCAAGCGGUUCUUUAUCAAGUGUCUCCCUCUCGGACAAAAGUAUGUCAACUGACAAUGUCGAAGAAUUCUUCGGCGACGUACCAUUUGCAGUGUCGACUAAUCCAAUGACUAGACACGAUAAACUUGCAAAUUUUACUAAGGACUUGAAUAGGGGAUUAUUGAAGGGCUCCGUGUCGGCGGAACGACCACGAACAUUAAGACGAUUGCGGAACGUCUAUGCACCGUUGACUUGCGGAAUGGGAACUGGUACCGACAGUGGUAGCGAACGUCUCGACGACGGUGAAAUCCCAUUUCGGUUGACUGAUCGCGAUCGUGAAAGAGACGACAAGUCACUCAGUAUUAUGAGCCCUUUUGACGAGCAAGAAGAGUGGGCAAAAAUUUCUGAAAUUAUGGCUUCAUUUGGCACUGGCCUUGUACGUGAAUCUGUAUUCGUUAGCGAACUGGAAAAGGAAUUCCAGACAAGAUUGGGUUUGACCUCAGAGAGCAAUAAUAGUCCAGUUGUUUCGACAACAGUUGGUCAGUGGUUGUCCAAUUUGGGUCUAGCUGAUUACGAAUCCCUUUUCGUGAAUUACGGAUUCGAUGAUCUAGAAUUUAUCAAUGGAGUUUUAGAUGAAUCCGAUUUACGUGACAUGGGAAUAACAAGUGAUCAGGAACGGGCUGUGAUAUUAAAUGCUGUUGGCCUGUUAAAAAAUCGUGUUGAAAAACGUGUAACAAUUUAUGGUCAAUCGGUGGACGAUUGGCUAAAGGGUAUUCAUCUUGAGAGUUAUGGUGAUACUUUUAAGAAACAUCUUUACACCGAUAUGGAUCGCGUUCAACGGGUUUGGGAAGUGGAAUUAGCGGCUGUAUUAGAAAUACAAAAACCCGCACACCGGAAAAGGAUUCUCGCAUCGGUGAGCGGACCAAGUACAAGGAUGCAAAUGAGAAAUGGAAAUGGAGCCAAUCUCGAGGACCUCAAUAAAGAUCUAAAUACUUUGAAAACAAAUAUUCAACAGUUGAAAGAGGAAAUUCGGGAAAAACUACCGGAAACACCGCAAAACGAUGGAAAUGUAUCUGUUAGUGGUGCAACAACGACGACGACAACGACAACAACAACAACGGGAACAUUGAGGCAUAGAAAAAAUAGACCAGCGCCUCAACCACCACAAAGGCCAAGUUCACAUAAUGGAGCCGUUUCAGCGCCCGAACAACUCGAAAUUCGUGCGCCAUCUGAACUUCUCUUUGGCGUUCCAUCUACUCUUAAAACACAAUGGAGGCAUCAUCCAAAAGAUCUAGUCACUGGUUGCGUUACAUAUAUCGCCAACUAUUUGGGCUCGACUGUGGUUAAAGAACUGAGGGGUACAGAAUCAACGAAGAAGUCGAUACAAAAAUUAAAAAAGACCUGCCGCGAUCCUCGAGUAAUACCGGACAUCACUUUGGCCAUUACCUAUCGUGGUGUACGAUUUUUGAACACUUUAACGAAUGAGCCAAUUUGUGAACACGAAAUUCGCAAUAUUCACUGCGCAUGCCAAGACGCGGAUGAUCUCACGCAUUUUGCAUAUAUUACCAAAGACCAUGCGAGCCGUACCCAUUUUUGUCAUGUAUUUUGUGUGCCCACAAUGGAUCAAGCAACGGAAGUGAUUCUAACAUUGGGUCAAGCAUUUGAAGUGGCCUAUCAAAUAGCCCUACGCGAAAAAUUGGGCAAUCAUGCACCCCGCUCACAAUCGGCCAAUCAGCUGAUGAAUGUCGCAACUGCCGCCGCCACCACCACCACUAUAAAUAAUUCAACUAACAAUACAACAAAUUUAUCAACAACGCACGCGAUAAAUCACGAGCUGGAGAUAAAUUCAAAUCACAAUGCAAAUUCAAAUAAUUCGGUGAAUAAUAGUAGUAGUACGAAUAACAGUCUUAUUAAACCAAAGCCACGAUCAAAAUCGAUAACAAAUCCAAUUUUGGUCUCAACAUUGAUUCCCGUUUCAAUGGCGGGUAAUUCAAUGAUAAAUUCAACAACAAAUAAUAGUAACAAUCAUCAUCGCGAACGAAGUCCAAAUUCAAAUUCAACUAGCACUGCUGCUGCUGCUACUACUACCAUCACCACUACCUCGAUUUUAAAAACGAAUUCCAACGCAACGAAACUUCUCGCGUCCCACGGUCGCUCACAUUCAGUCAACGAUAUCAAAAUUAAUGGCAAUCAAUUGAAAUUGGCGCCAAUGCCAGUUGAUGAUAUUGGAAUUGGUGUUAAAGAUAUGAAACCCGGUUCGAGAGCGCCAAUUGCAUUAUCAGAGGAACUAUGACUUGCUUGUGAUUUUUAAAAACAAAAAACAAAAUUUAACAGUCGAUUUUUAAGAGAAUUUAGUGAGCAAAAUAUUAUUUUUUUUUUUGCAAUUCUAAAUAUGUAAAUUUUUUUUUUUUUUAAUUUUCUACAGGAAAUUAUGUAAUAGAUUCAUCUAAUGAUG